AAAGUUUAUAAAAGACGCUGGCUAAUGUUAGGAUUAUUUAGUGUCUAUUCGUUUAUCAACGGAUAUCAAUGGAUACAUUUAAGCAUCAUAGGAAAUAUAAUAGAGAGGUAUUAUAAUGAAAGUUUACCGUCUGAUGAAUUCCAUCGUCAGACUACAAUUGACUGGUUAGCUACAUCUUAUCUAGCUAUUUAUGUUCCUUUGAUAAUACCUGGAAUAUGGUUAUUAAAUAAAUAUGGUUUAAAAGUGAAUAUAUUACUCGGAGCUGUUAUUAAUGCUCUUGGAGCCUGGAUUAAAUGUAUUGGACUGGCUCCCGACAGAUUUUAUCUUGUUAUGAUUGGACAAUGGUUCUGUGCUAUUUGUGAUGCUUUCGUUGUCAGUUUUCCACCAUUUUUAUCUGCUGUAUGGUUUGGACCAAAUGAACUAUCCACUGCCACUGCUAUCGGGGUUUUUGGAAACCAG